ACAUUUUUUUUCUUGCUUCUUUUGAACAUGAUUGGGGCAGGAGCAGCCUCAAGAAUGCUUGUCUUCUUGUUUCUCUUCUUCAUCAGAUUCUCCGAUUCGGAGAUCGCAGCAGGUGUUGUCGCCUCCUCCUCCGUCGGCUACGACCACCGCGCCCUCCUCAUCGAUGGUGCCCGCCGCAUCCUCGUCUCCGGCUCCAUCCACUACCCUCGCAGCACCCCUGAGAUGUGGCGGGACCUGAUACAGAAGUCGAAGGACGGCGGGCUCGACGUUAUUGAGACUUACGUUUUCUGGAAUCUCCAUGAACCUGUUAGAAACCAGUAUGAUUUUGAGGGGAGAAAGGACCUGGUGAAGUUCGUGAAGACGGUCGCGGAGGCCGGACUCUAUGUUCAUCUCCGCAUUGGCCCAUAUAUCGGUGCCGAGUGGAAUUAUGGGGGAUUCCCAGUUAGGCUACAUUUCAUCCCUGGUAUCAAGUUUAGAACCGACAACGAGCCUUUCAAGGCGGAGAUGCAAAGAUUCACGGCAAAGAUCGUCGAUAUGAUGAAGCAGGAGAACCUUUAUGCAUCGCAAGGCGGACCCAUCAUCUUGUCCCAGAUCGAAAAUGAAUACGGAAACGUCGAUUGGGCUUAUGGACCUGCGGCGAAGUCGUACGUCAGCUGGGCGGCGUCGAUGGCCGUGUCACUCGACACCGGCGUUCCCUGGGUGAUGGGCCAGCAAGUCGAUGCUCCCGACCCUGUUAUCAACACUUGCAAUGAUUACUACUGCGACCAGUUCGCUCCAAACUCCAAGAAUAAGCCAAAGAUGUGGACGGAAAACUGGACCGGAUGGUUUCUUCCUUUUGGCGGUGCGGUGCCAUAUAGACCAGUCGAAGACAUUGCGUAUGCUGUUGCUCGAUUCUUUCAACGUGGUGGUACAUUCCAAAACUACUACGUGGUAUCACCUCUGAGUCGGUUGUUAAUAUACCACGGCGGAACCAAUUUUGGCCACAGUUCGGGGGGACCGUUUAUUGCGACGAGUUAUGACUAUGAUGCUCCGAUAGACGAGUAUGGGUUCAUUAGGCAGCCAAAGUGGGGUCACUUGCGAGAUCUACACAAAGCAAUAAAGCUUUGUGAAGCUGCGUUGGUCGCAACUGAUCCAACUAGUUCUUCUCUUGGUCCAAACCUGGAGGCCACUGUGUAUAAGACAGCAGGGGCUUGUGCAGCAUUUCUUGCAAAUAGAGACAACCAAUAUGAUGCAACAGUUACUUUUAAUGGGAAGUUGUAUCAUCUACCUGCGUGGUCCGUGAGCAUCUUAUCCGACUGCCGGAAUGUUGUAUUCAAUACCGCUCAGAUAAACUCCCAAACCUCUUCCACAGAGAUGAGGCAUCUAAAUUCCUACAAUCAAACCUCAGAUGAUUCUCUUGAUUCCUCUGAGAUGCCACAAUCACAAUGGAGCUAUGCAAUAGAACCUGUCGGUAUCUCAAAGGCCGAUGCCUUCACAAAAACUGGAUUGCUAGAGCAAAUAAAUACUACUGCAGAUGCUAGUGAUUAUCUAUGGUAUUCAACAAGCAUUGAGAUCACCGGCGAUGAGCCGUUUCUUUUAAAUGGAACUCAAUCUAAUCUCCUUGUGAAAUCACUUGGCCACGUCCUUCGCGUUUUUGUCAAUGGAAAAUUGUCAGCUAGUGGGAUGGGAAACAGUUACAAUGCAUCAUUUUCACUGCAGAAGCUUAUUAUGCUCGCCCCAGGAAAGAACGCUAUAGAUCUUUUAAGCGCAACUGUUGGUCUACAGGAUUAUGGCCCAUUCUUUGAUUUAUGGGGUGCCGGAGUUACCGGUCCAGUAAAGCUGAACGGACCAAAUGGCACAUUAGAUUUAUCUUCAAAACCGUGGACAUACCAGAUUGGACUUAAAGGGGAAGACUCGCGGCUAUAUGAGACUUCUGAUGAUUCUUCUGAAUGGGUCUCAGAUUCUACCUUGCCGACGAAUCAACCUCUGAUAUGGUACAAGACAAAAUUUGCUGCACCAGAGGGCGACGGCCCAAUCGCGAUAAACUUUACGGGCAUGGGGAAAGGAGAGGGGUGGGUGAACGGGCAGAGUAUCGGCCGGUUUUGGCCCACUUACCAAGCUCCGCAGAAUGGUUGUGUCACCUUUUGCAGCUAUAAAGGAUCCUUCAGUUCUGACAAAUGCCUCAAGAACUGUGGGAAACCAUCUCAAAUUCUGUAUCAUGUUCCUCGGUCGUUUCUCCGAUGGGGUAGCAACGAUUUGGUUCUUUUUGAGGAGGUUGGCGGGGACCCGACUAAAAUGUCUUUCGCGGUUAGGGAGAUUGGGAGUUUGUGUGCACAUGUUUCAGAGCUACAUCCAGCCCCACUAGAUGCUUUUAUCACUACACAAAAGAGGGGGAAGUCUGGGCCGAUGCUCCGAUUGGAGUGCCCAAGCGCGAACCAACUCAUCUCCAAAAUCAAGUUUGCAAGCUUCGGGACCCCGCAUGGCGCAUGUGGAAGCUAUAGCCACGGCAAAUGCAAUAGUUCUACUGCCCUUACCGUUGUUCAAGAGGCUUGUAUCGGAGCGAGGAGUUGUAGCAUCAGAGUGUCGACUGAGAUGUUCGGAGACCCGUGUAGAGGGGUCACGAAGAGCCUCGCGGUUGAAGUGGCAUGCUUGUGAUCAAGUUACCAAACAGCGAGAGCAAAGUGUAUUUUCUAGAUAUGUGCAUACAAUUUAAAGUGUAUAAUACAAUGAUUGAAUUUGUGUACUUUAUGAAAUAAGAAGUACCAAUUUGCAACAUCACAGAGGUCUUUUUUCCU